AUGAGCACCCUACUAGACGAUACACCAGUCGACGAUAACACCCCACCACCGCCAUACCAUGACGGCGGUCCCGUCGAGCGAUUACCCUCGUACCGGCACGGACUGCUGGCGCGUCACCAUCCCUACGGACGGCAAACACCCUCUCUCCUUCUUCGACUGCUGCUCACGCCCAACGCCUACGAACUCAAUGACGCGCCCAUGGGCUCGGGUGCAGGAGACGACGCCGUCGUUGGGCUACACGCUGGAACUGAGGAUAGGACCGGCGCGGCAAGUUCCGCCGUCGUUGUUGGCGAGCAUACGAACACGCCUUCUUCGUCUUCGUCUUCUAGCGCACAGGUUGUUCCGAGCGACCCUGCAAGCGCGCCGGAGAACGCGUUGAGCUCUUUCGCUCGCUCAAAUGAGCCUGUAGUAUCUACGUCGCGCUCCCUCAAGCGCAAACGCGACGAGUUUGAAGCACAAGGCGACCCCGAAUAA